AUGCUCGCCGAUGCCUCACCCAGCAUCGUCUACGUCACGGGUAAGCCGGCUCCCUGGAUGCCUACGGAAGGGCCAGAGGGUGAGCCGCCUGGUCCAGGCGGUUCGGCCUGGAUGUUCGAUGGCAGCCACGUGGUCACGAGCCUCAGCAACAUCGACCUGGCCCAGCGGGGCUCCCUGCGCGUGAUCUUGGCCGACCGCUCCGAGAUGCCCGCGCGGGUCGUUGGCACGGACGUGUCAGUGGUUGGCCGCCGGGCGGCCCUGGACAUGAGCGUCUCCAGGGGGGUCGUCUACGGGCUCGGCCAGCCCCUGGUCCUCAACUCGGACCGCCCAGUUCAGAGCAGCAUUCAGACGGACGCGGUGGUCCAGCCCUCCAACCGUGGUGGGCCACUGCUGAACAGCCGUGGCCAGGUGGUUGGAAUGGCCAUUGGGGCGGCAGUUGUGGCCGUGGGGCCGAUGGAGGGGUCCCGCAUCAGCCAGGCCAUACCUGCCGACAGCUUGCGGAAGUAUGUCCAAAGCAUCCUCGACACCUUGGGAGACAACGGCCACGUGAGCCGCCCGGCGCUGGGCAUCUAUCUGGAGCCGGAUGGGUUUGCUGAGCGUCUGGGGGCUCAUGGCGUGGUGGUCGAGGAGGUGCUGCCAGGGGCAGCUCGGAAAGCCGGCCUCAAGGCCGGCGACAUCAUCAUCUUCCAGGGGGACGUGCCCAUCCGCCGAAUGGACGACCUGGUCACUGCCCUGGAGAUGUACCACCCCGGCGACGGCUUCCCCUUGCGCGUCCUGCGCCAGACAGCUGGCGAGGGUCUCGGCGCACCGUUUUCCAGCGGGGCCUACUCCACAGUGGACCUACGGGUUGUGCUCGGAUCCUCGGACCACGCCAGCCCGAAAUCCGAGACAUGUGGACCAACCAACACACGGGUGUUCAACGUCAAGGUGGGCGCGACCAUCGGCCUUCUUCCGGGAGCCCCUGCGAGGGCCGUCGCGUCAGGGAAGGAACACGACAACAUCGUCAUCGCCGCCACCCAGGUGAGGAAGCUGCAGGACAAGUGGUCCACGCUCGUUGCUCAGGGCCCGGAGGGGGCCAAGGAGGCUCUCCAGUUCUUCAGCAACGUGAUGUACUCGACGUUGACCAUUACGGUGCCGCCGGGCCAGAAUGUAGGCGUGGACAUCGAGGACCGCACCAUCACGAACGUGAACUCGCGAAAGCUGGGAUGGAAUGCAGGCGAUACCAUCAAGGAGAUCAAUGGCCAAGAAGCCAAGGAUGAGGAGCAGGUCGUCAAUGAUGUGAAGAAAGCCAAGCAGGAGGGCAAGGAGCUUGUCUUCACUGUGCAGCGGCUCUCCGAAUCGCCGUGGGUCACCAUCGACAGGUCUCUCACAGAAGUCUAUGCGAACGUGGACUCUGAGACGCCUCUGAUGGAACCAGAUCAGGUCGGCGACAUGAUCACGGACCUGAAGAACAAGCUCAACCUCGCCAAGGAUGACGUGAUCCCACUGGCCUCCGUCAAGGACAAGGUGGAUACCAUUGGCCAGGCCCUGGAGGCCUUCUCGAAGGACGUUGCCAAGAACCACGGCGCCGACGCAGUGCGGAUGUACAUGCUGAACUCGGGUGUGGUCCGGGCCGAGCCUCUGAAGUUCAAGGAAGAGGGCGUGAGGGACGUCGUGAAGGACGUUUUCCUGCCGAUGUUCAAUGCCUACCGCUUCCUCGUCCAGGAGAGCUACCGCUAUGAGGGCGCCAGCGGCAAGAAGUUCUCGCCCGCGUCGGGCAAAGUCAAGGCCAGCACGAACCACAUGGAUCAGUGGAUCUUUGCAUCGAUGCAUGGCCUCAUCCAGUUCGUCCGCAAGGAGAUGGAGGCGUAUCGGCUCUACACGGUCGUUCCGCAGCUGGUGGAUUUUCUGGAGGACCUGACGAAUUGGUAUGUUCGGCUGAACCGCGACAGGAUGCGAGGCAGCAAUGGCUUGGAGGAGGCGUUCACAUCGCUGAGCGCCCUCUACGAGGUGCUGCUCAAUGUCACUGUUUGCCUCGCGCCAGUUGUCCCCUUCAUCACGGAGCACAUCUACCAAAACUUGGCCCGAGCUCUGCCGGACGGGCACCCCAUGAAGGCGAAAUCCGUGCACUGGGUCAUGAUCCCCGAGCCGGACCUCAGUGCCAUCAAUGAGGACAUCACGCAGGCGGUCAGGCGGCUUGUUUUUAUUUGGGUGUGCGAAAAUGAGCUGAUUGAGGUCUUCAGGGCUUUCAUCGAUGCUACUUCCCAGUUUUAG